CCACACACACACACACACCACACACACACACACACACCACACAUACACCACACACACAUACAAAGAGACCAACUCAGACACAUGCACAAACACUUGUAAAUAUGUUGACAGAAACACACCAAACACAAACACGCACUCAGAUUUCUUUGCUCAGAGAACACUGUUCGCCAGAGCCAGUUCCAGAUCAAGAGGAAUGUGUUCAGGAGGACGAAAGGCAGCCAGGAUAUUCACACACAUACACACACACUGGACUUAGACCUGCAACCUCCCACUUACAGCGAGCAACAAAUACACACACAUCAUCAGAGCAAGACCAGGAAGGCAGAACUGAACUGCACUCUACAUACUGCUUUGACAAGAGGUGGACACACACUCUCUUAACAAAGCCAAGUGGACCUCUGCUUGGAGCCACAUUGCAACUUAUCACUUGGCGUGAGCAACACAGUCUCUCAUCUGGUCUGAGCCAGAACAAGUACCUGGAACCUGGAACAUUGACUGUGUCCAACACGUUUGGGGCUUUGACCGCCUUCAUCCAGGAAGAUUACAUACAGAUAGAGACCCGGAUCUGACCUUUGUCUCUCCUCUCCAUCAUUCUCUCUGGUCUCUCUCUGUCUCUCCCCUCCAUCUCCCUGUAUUUCUCUGUCUCUCCCCUCCAUCUCUCUCUCUUUGUCUCCUCACUCUUCCAUCCUCCCAGUAUGAUGAUGAGAAGAGAUCGUCUGCUCCUGGCUGUGACCCUCACAGCCAUUUUCACCGCUGACCUCUACUUCGUCCUGCUCCCCAAGCUCCGCCAAAGACAACCAGGACCAGGGAAUGGAGCCUGCCUCUGUCCCUCCUCCAGGGGGACUAACUUCACCCUUGCUGGAUACAGUGGCCUCACUAUCCCCUGGUUCUCCAACAUCACCUCCAUAGACCUCCAGGGUAAGGGGGUCGGAGCUACGGACGACCCCACAGAUUGGGGCUCGAAGCUGGGGAGGCUGUUUGCUCACCCCCUGUAUAACAUUCAGACACCGGAGCUGGGGCUGGAAGAGAGGCUGAUGCAGUCUGAAGAGCUAAUGGAGUAUUACAGGAGGAAGGUCUCGCGCUGGGAACGGCAUAUGAAGCUGUACAGUGAGGCUGCAGCGGCCCUCAACGUGACAAUGCUGGAACACCAGGUGACCUUUGACCCUGAGGCCAGCUGGCUGAAGUUCCACCUGGGCAUCAACCGCUAUGCCCUGUACGCCCGUGAUGACCCCGCCAUCACCCGCCUGCUGCAAGACAUGCAGGCCACCACUGUCAUCAGCGCAGAUUACACUCAAGAUGAAAAGGCCCUCAAAGGAGCAUGUGACUGUACCCAGGUGGUAAAGCCCAGUGGACACCACCUCAAGCUGGCCCUGAAGAUGCAGAACUUUGGCAAGGCCAUGUUCAAACCCAUGAGACAGCAGAGAGACCAGGAGACUCCUGGUGAUGUGUUCUACUUUGUCGACUUCCAGAGACACAAUGCUGAGAUUGCUGCUUUUCACCUGGACAGAAUCCUGGACUUCCGGAGGGUACCGCCGGUGGUGGGCAGGCUGGUGAACGUGACGGGGGAGAUUCUCCUGACCACUCACAACGAGGACCUAAGGAGUGUGUUCUUUACUUCUCCAGCAAACAACACAUGUUUCUUUGCCAAGUGUCUGUACGUGUGUAAGACUGAGUAUGCAGUGUGUGGGAGCCCUGACCUGCUGGAGGGCUCCAUGUCAGCCUACCUCCCCGGUCUCAGCAUUGCCCCUCGUAUCUCCCUCCCCAACCCCUGGAUACGAUCAUACACCUUCACUGGCAGGGAGGAGUGGGAGGUGAACCCCUUCUACUGUGACACCAUAAAGCGUCUGUAUCCCUACAACUCAGGGAACAGGCUGCUCAACAUCAUAGACAUGGCCAUCUUUGACUUCCUCAUUGGUAACAUGGACAGGCACCAUUAUGAGAUCUUCACUAAGUUUGGCGAUGAAGGUUUCCUUCUUCAUUUUGACAACGCCAAAGGGUUUGGGAAGCAUUCUCAUGAUGAGAUGUCCAUACUGGCUCCACUGUCACAGUGCUGCAUUAUAAAGCGUUCCACGUUGCUGCGGCUGCAGCUCCUCUCACAGGACCACUAUAGGCUCAGUGACGUGAUGAGGGAGUCCCUGGGAGGAGACGCACUGCAGCCGGUCCUCGCUGAGCCCCACCUGCAGGCCCUGGACCGCCGGCUGCAGCGCGUCCUGAAGACAGUCCACAGGUGUGUCCGCAGGCUGGGAGAGGCUCAGGUGAUCACCACAGACUUUGUUGAUACCUCCGUCAUGUCUGAGUCUGUCAAACCAGUGGCUAUGCCCAACAAGGAGAAGUAAUUAAGGUUACUAAGGAAUCCAAACAGGGAAGUGCACUAUAAUAGAGGAUUAGGGUGGCAUUUUGGACAUAUCCCCAAGUCCUGCAAGGGAAGAUAACUAUAGACCAAGGACAGCCUGAGGAUCAUAAUGGCAGGUGAACCUGUCCUGUAAAGCAGGAAGCACAGAGUCUGGUCUCUCUCACAGAGUAAUACAUUCUGCACUCUUUUUCAGUGGUGUCUAUUCAUGGAUGCCAAGGGAAGACAGGCUUCCCCCAAAAUUAGAAGAAAAAAAUAUAUAUAUAUAUAUGUAUAAAAUAAUGUAUCUUUUGUCUCUCUGUUUUCAUAAUUUUCCGUCAAUUCGCAAGUGUCUGAAUCUCACAGGAGAAAUAUUCUGAGGGAGGGAAACAGCGCCCCUCUGUCUCAGUAUGUGUAGUAUGUGUAGUAUGUGUCAGUAUGUGGUGUAUGUGUCAGUAUGUGUAGUCUCAGUAUGUGUAUCUGAUGCUGUCUGGACCAAAAGAGUAUGACAUGGUGCCGCCGUAGCGUUUGAUUGAUUGAUGUCAACAAGCAUUUGGCCUCCCUUGAUAAAAAAAAGUAUAACAUAAUUAGCCAAUCAGCAUUGAGCUGAGCUCAACUGUGGGUUGUACUGCUGCAGCAAAACACCUCCAAGGGAGCCCAGUUUGGAUUUGGCUUCACACCAAUCAAAUCUCAAAUCUCAUCCUGAGCAAAUCGUCAGAAAGGUGUGUGUGUUUCUGGUCUGCUUGUGUUGAUGUCCUGCAGUAGCUAGCUUGCUAAAUCGUCGCUUUCCCAAGCCAUGGAUGGAGAUGGGAAUUUGGACUUGUGAUUUUGAUGGCGAUUCUCUCUACAGGCCAAUGGUUAUGACGGCAAUUCCAAUCUAACCAUAGAUCCAUAUAUUGUUCCACUGGCCUGAGACGAUUGAAGUUCAAUAUGUAGUCUAGUAGUCUCACAUUAACUAGCUAGCUACCUCAGCUGGUUCAUUGCUACCCAUGCGAGGAAGUUAGGCUAGCAAGCAUUUUAGCUAGGUAGCCUAUGAAAACAAAAACUAAAAGAGUACAAAACCAUAGAUCGUUCUGCCAACAUGAAAGAGAGAAGGACGGCAUUGGCGUUCAACUAGUCUAUAAGCAGUGAGUCCCCACGCAAGCACACACACACCGACAGAAAUCAGUACCAUGGACAGCCAUAUGAUAUUUAACAAUAUUGAUUGGACAAAAUUGUUUUUGGCAUCUUUGUUUGUUUUCAAUAUUAAACUAAGCAUAUAUAGCCUUGUUGGUUUGAUGAUGUUUAAAUGGUUAAUAUGGAAUGGUGCUGCAAUAGAGGAGGCAGUGCUUCCGUUGUCUUUGUGCUGACAUGCAGUAACUCAAUAUUUUCUUUGUGGACUUCACCAGACAGAUGUUGCUCUUUGGUUUUGUGAUGAAACAAAUGUAUGUGUAGUUUAAUUUAUUCCGCCACUAUGUGACUGUUGUCUUUUUGUUGUCACAGCCUUAUUGUAAAUCACGGUGGUGUAUGAACGAAUGGGUUAUAGAGCAAACAAUGCAAGUAUCGCAUCAUAGGUUUACCCCUACCUACAUGUACAAAUGACCUCGACUUACCUGUACCCCCGCAGAUUGGCUCAGUACCGGUACCCCCUGUAUAUAGCCUCGUUAUUGUUAUUUUAUUGUGUAACUUUUUAUUGUAUUUUUUACUUUAGUAAAUAUUUUCUUAACUUUAUUUCUCGAACUGUGGAUUAAGGGCUUGUAAGUAAGCAUUUCACAGUAAGGUCUACACCUGUUAUAUUCGGUGAGUGUGACAAAUAACAUUUGAUUUGAUUUGAAUAUAUAUUUUUUAUUGGCUUGGCUUCCCCAGUGGUUUAACCCACACAGCGCUACUGCUCGUCUUUCAAGUCCAACGUUUGAAAUGAUACAGCCUGUUUUGUCAGUAGACAGCAGCACUGUCAAAAUGUCUCCUGUGCCCUUGGGCUAUGUGGUCACCUGUAUGUCACCGGGCACCUUGGAGUACAAACAAGACGUCAUCUUUGGGGGGGGAAAGAGAGAAAGCUAUUUAAAAGAGGUUGUGACUGAGAGAAGGGGGUGAGUGGUGGGGGAGACAGACAGCAUUUAAUCCCUGUCUGUCUCAUCAGAAGGUGUCUGUCUGUCUUUCUGUCUGUCUCAUCAGGAGGUGUCUGUCUUUCUGUCUGUCUGAACAGGUGUCUGUCUAUCUGUCUCAUCAGGUGUCUGUCUUUCUGUAUGUCUGAACAGGUGUCUGUCUGUCUGUCUGAUCAGGAGGUGUCUGUCUUUCUGUCUCAUUAGGAGGUGUCUGUCUUUAUAUCUGUCUGAACAGGUAUCUAUCUGUCUGUCUCAUCACGGGGGUGUCUGUCUUUGUCUGUCUGAACAGGUGUCUGUCUGUCUCAUCAGGAUGCGUCUGUCUCUUUCGUUGUCUGUUUGUUUGUCAGUGGUUUCACAACACCAACCCAACCAUAACACACCCUGACAUAGAUACCUCCUCAUCACAGCUACAGUACUGUAUGUGGACAUGCAGCUUAUCAACAAGCUCUACUUUGUUCUAACUAGUCUGAAACAAAGCUUUGUCUUCAAGCAACAUUCUGUUGGAUGCCAUUUCACCACAACAUGUCUGGACCUUUUGCUUUGAGCUGUUUUCAUUACUGUCCUGACUACAAAUCCAAUGCAUCCUGAUGUUUUUGAUGAGAGGGAGAAUAACUAUUUUAAAGAGCCUAUAUUAAAUCAUGCCAAAUGAAGUUUGGCUUCUGCCCAACACUA